AUUGUUUCAGAAAUCAAUGCUUUCCAGCCAGAAUUUGCUGAGCCUAUAGUUAAUUUGACCAUAACUAUAGGGAGAGAUGCCACAUUUAGAUGCCUAGUCCAUAAUUUAGGAGGCUAUAGGAUUGGUUGGGUGAAAGCAGAUACAAAAGCAAUACAAGCUAUUCAUGAUCACGUAAUAACGCAUAAUACUCGAGUAUCUGUAUCACAUAACGACCAUACCACUUGGAACUUGCAUUUGAAAAACGUUCAAGAGGAGGACCGAGGCGAUUACAUGUGCCAAAUCAAUACUGAUCCAAUGAAGAGUCAGCUUGGAACACUAGAUGUCGUUGUCCCACCAGAUUUUAUUGCCGAAGAAACUUCGGGAGAUGUUAUCGUUGCUGAAGGAGGUAUGGUUCGAUUGACUUGUAAAGCAAAAGGUCACCCAAUUCCUGAAGUGCAGUGGCGUAGAGAGGAUGGUAAAGACAUUGUUAUAAGAACACCCACAGGAAUUAAGACAAAAGUGGCGGUGUACCAAGGAGAAGUGCUCAGACUGAUCAAGAUUUCAAGAGCUGAAAUGGGUGCUUACAUGUGCAUUGCGACGAAUGGAGUACCUCCAACAGUCAGUAAACGAAUCAUAGUUAACGUUCACUUCCAUCCUGUGAUUCACGUUCCAAAUCAAUUAGUGGGCUCUCCAAUCGGAACCGACGUUUCAUUGGAGUGCCACAUCGAAGCCUUUCCCAAAUCUAUCAAUUACUGGAUCAGGGAUACAGGAGAGAUGGUAGUUAGCAGCUACAAGUACGAUGUUCAGACAACGAGUAAGUCGCCGUUCGAGGUGAAAAUGAUUUUGAAAAUACGGAACCUGCAGAAAGAGGAUGCUGGUUCAUACAGAUGCAUCGCUAAGAAUUCUUUAGGUGAAGUUGAAAGUAAUAUAAGACUGUAUGAUAUUCCUGGUCCUACAAGGCCAUACCUCAAUGUGGAUGAGGAGGACUACAACGACCAAGUGGAAUCUGCAGAAUUUGAUCAAGAUGAUCUGUCAAAUAAUUUAUUAGAAAUAGGGAGACCAUCAGUUCUGACCACAUCAACGACUCUCCGUGGUCUACACGAAAACAAAUUAGGAAACCACGUACCGACAGAUCUACCAAUGAAUAGUUCUUUCCAUGUGAUGCCAAGUUUACUAAUAUUCCUGAUUUUUUUAUUAAAAAUAUGACAAUACCCUGAAUUGGUUAUUCAUAAAUAAUGACAAUAAUGUUUGAAUACCUUAAUUGCUGAAGGUAUUAUAAUAAUAUUACUGUUUAAUGUUCUUAUUUCGACUCUCCUAGGUGUGAUCCCUCUAGGAAGCUCGAAGAAUCAUGUUACUGUUUUUUAUCUAUUUGUUUCAAGGUGUAUAUAAUUUUAAUGUAAAUUUUAUCAUUCAAGAAAAAGUCUUUCUGUCGACUUGUCGCAAAUCAAACAUUCUCUUUCAGAUUUUUUUUACAUACUUAAUCAGAUUAAAUCUGAUACUUUUUACUCAAUACUUUUUAUCACUUCCUACUACCCAGUAUGAACUAGAUUAAGUAUUCUAAUGUACCAGAAUAUUAUUGUAAAUAACAGAAAUCGAGUCGAACCCUGAAAAAAAAUCUAUUAGAAUAAAAUAUAUAGGUGAAAACUUUAUUUUUGAAUGGUACCGAAAAACUUGUAAUACAGGGCAGAAAGGUCGGAUGUUUAUCAAAAAAUUUUAAAUUCAUCUUUGCACAAAAAAAUUAUUAUCAAUUCGUGAUUAUAGUAUUUUCAUUCAUCCUUCGUCAAAAAAUUCAAGAAACACAAUUUCAGAUAUCUAUAAUUAUUUUUUUGCUCAAAACUUAACACUCAAGUUCUUGAUAAUAGUUAUGUUUUUUUUAUAAUUCCAAAAGAAUUUUUUGGGUAUUUGGUAUUUGCAAUUUAAAUUCUCGAAUCUUAUUCGAUUGUCUUCCAGAAAAAGUCUCUACUUUAAAAAAAGUUAGUUCUUUAUUGAAAAUUAAAUUCUAAACAUAUGUUUCAAUCGAAAUUACCUAUAUAAGAA